UUGUCAGUCAGUAACUGUUUAACUCUUCACCUCUGCUGAUCUGAGAGAGAGACAGACAGAGAGAGAGAGAGACAGGAGGGCGAGCGAGGGAGGGAAUGAGGGAGGAAAAGGUGUGGCCUGCUGCAGAUACGACCCUGACUGCUACAGCUCUCUCUCUCUCUGUCUCUGUCUGUCGCUCUGUCUUUGAGUGACUACAGCGCUGCAGAUCGAAAGGAACGAGGAACCACACAGAGGAAGAGUUUGAUCUGCUGUUCAGCAUCAUGGCGUCUGCGGCCCCUCAGAAGAGGAUGGUGUCGUCCGUCUUCAUCACGCUGGCGUCUCCGUUCACACCGACGGCUCGCGUCCACAGCACACCCGCCGCCGCCUACAGACGGGACAGCACACGCCACAGCGACACGCCUGCUCCAGACCGUAACGACAUCUCAUUUAUUUGUAGAGAUUUUCUCACAAUACACGAUUUCAAGACAGCUUUACAGAAAAUCAUGAUGUUAAUGUUUAUAAUCUCUAAAUACCUGGAUGAUAAUAUAGUUUCGAUUUUACUAUAUAUCCAACUUUAUAUGAAUAUAUCUGUGCAAUCUGAGCGCUGUACCCACACCUACAAUCCCUGCCAGUACCGAGACUCGAACCUGCGACCUUGCCAUAGAUCACAAGAACCCUCACUGACUCCGCCGCUGCUGUAUGCGCAGGCCAGUCUGGAGCCGUGCUGGGCCUGCGGGGACGUCAUCAAGGACCAUGUGAUCCGAGCGCUGGAACGAGCCUAUCACCCGCCGUGUUUCGUGUGCGCGACGUGCAGACAGCCAAUCGGAGAGCAGAGGUUUGCGCAGGGCGAAGUGGGCGAGGUUUACUGCCUGCGGGACUACUACAGGAAGUACGCGCCGCAGUGUCACGUGUGCGGGGAGCUGAUCAUCCCGCGCGAGGACGGCACCGACAGCUACACGGUGGAGUGCUUGGGCCACUCGUACCACGAGGACUGCUACCGCUGUGAGGUGUGCAGUGUGCUGCUGUCUCCGGAGCCCAACGACACCGGCUGCCACCCGCUGGAUGGACAGAUCCUGUGCAAACCGUGCCACGAGUCGCUGAUGCAGAGCGCGCCGCGUUAAACCAUGUGAUGAGGAUGAGGAUGAUGAGGAUGAGGAUGAUGACGACACACCGAUUGUAUUAGAAACCGCAGCGUUGGGACCAUUAAUGCUUUCUUACCCUGACACAUCUCAGAGACGUCUGCUGCUCAUCUGCUAUACAGCUACAGGACAGCACAGCAGAUGAAGAGAGCUUUAACACACGUCUCUGCUCUGAUUAUAUCAAUGUAUCCGACAUAUCAACUGUAAUGUGGUCUUUUGCACUCUUUCUUGUAAUAUGCGCCAAAUGCAAAGCACCAAAGAUAUUUAUUCAGCAGCAGCAGCACCAAACCCCCAUAUUCAGUGUUAUUUCCAGUGUAAUAGGAACACACCCGACUCAAAUAAACGACUAAUAUAUGAUA